AUGCUUCGGGUCGCCUUCAGAGCUCCCAUACGUGCUACGACCUUAUCUUUCCGUUCAUGGCAGCGCUUCAACUCGACCCAAACUCCGUCAGCGACAAAACUUGGUUCGGCACCUGCAACUUCGGGUGCUAAGCCCGGAGCGGCGGCUACACCCAUAGGCAGAGCAGAGGCGAGCCUGGCGUCAAGCGUCUCAGCGAGCGUGGAUGUCGAGGUUUCUUCCGAUGCGAAUGAAAGCAUUGAAGAUGACGAAGACGCUAUAGACGAGUCCCUGUUGUUUGCUUCGGAGACCGAACCCGUCCAACCAGCGACAUCAGAAGAAGAGUUAUUUGGUACUAGAACACCUGGCUCCCAGUUGGACUCCGAUUCUCUUCCUCGACCGUACUCGUCCUUGCCCGCCAACCCCACUGAAGCCGAAUACGCCUCGGCUCUCAUUCACGGGAGGUCUAUCCAUCUGCCCUAUUACCACCCCCGAACGCAUGAUAUCCCCGCCGCGUCCAUCCAGUUCCGCUCACACCACCCUCGUCUCCUGGAUCUCUUUACCCACUUCGCCUCCCACGCCGCCUCUUCUCUCGGGAUACCCAUCUCCCGUGUGGCUUACCUCCCGACGCAGCGCUCGCUCUGGACUGUCCCCCGCAGUCCCUUUGCUCACAAAAAAUCGCAAGAGAACUUUGAACGACGUGUGCACAAGCGCGCUAUCAAGGCGUUCGAUGCGGACCCCGAGGUCAUUGACCGGUGGACACGAUAUCUCAGACGGCACGCGUUGGCUGGUGUUGGGAUGAGGGUGGUAAAAUGGGAGAGGAUGCCGCUGGGUGUUGGCGCCGACCGAUUGCUCUCAGCCAUGUCGGGUUUGAGCCAGAGUGCGGUCAAUAAGGAGAAGAUCAAGCAGUUGGGAGAUCAGAUCGUGCGCCAGGAGAUGGCUGUGUUGGAGAAGGAGGCGGAACCCAAACCGAUUGAGACCCCUUCGACAAAUUGA